CAAGUUCGGGGACAUCUUUGAUGAAGAUCACUUCAUCAGAACUCUAAGCGAUCAUGUUAGAGUGGUCAGUGAACUUCCAGAGGAGAUGCUGCAACGCUUUGACAAUAAUAUAAGUAGCAUAGUUAACAUGAGAACAAAGGCUUUAUCAUCAAAAACGUAUUACUUGCAGAAGGUUCUUCCCAGGUUGUUAGAGUUGGGGGCUGUUCGUAUUGCACCUUUCUCAAAUCGAUUGGCUCAAUCUGUUCCAUCCAACAUACAGGCUUUGAGAUGUCUAUCAAAUUUUGAGGCAUUACGGUUUUCUGAACCAAUACGACUACUUGCAGAAAAUAUGGUUCAGCGUAUGGUGAAAAAUAGUUCAGCAAGUGGUGGAAAGUAUAUCUCUGUUCAUCUUCGAUUUGAGGAGGAUAUGGUAGCAUUCUCAUGUUGUACUUACGAUGGUGGUCAAAAAGAGAGGAAAGAAAUGGAUAAAGCUCGUGAAAAAAGUUGGAGGGGAAAAUUUAAUAGACCAGGAAGGAAAAUCAACCCAGAGAAGAAUCGAAGGGAGGGAAAAUGCCCACUGACUCCAUUAGAGGUUGGAAUGAUGCUUCGAGGCAUGGGAUUUGAUAACAUGACCUCCAUCUAUGUUGCUUCUGGUAUAAUCUACAGUUCUGAAAAGUAUAUGACACCGCUUCGUCAGUUAUUUCCACUUUUGGAGACUAAGGAUACACUUGCUUCAUCUGAAGAGCUUAUCCCCUUUCAGGGUCACUCAUCACGAUUGGCUGCACUAGACUACACUGUCUGUGCUCAUAGUGAAGUAUUUCUUACUACUCAAGGUGGCAACUUUCCCCACUUCUUGAUUGGAGACCGACGGUUUCUUUAUGGAGGUCAUUCGAAGACUAUCAAACCUGACAAGAGGCGAUUAGUGUUGUCUUUGGACAACCCCAAUAUCAGUUGGGAUAAGUUCAAGCGCAAUAUGCUGGAAAUUCUCCAUCAUAGCGAUAUGAAAGGUGUUGAGUUGCGGAAACCCAAUGCGUCAUUGUACAUGUUUCCAAUGCCCGACUGUAUGUGUCCACACUCAUAAUCAAAGUCUCUUUAUGACAGUGGGAUUUGACAAUGUGCUUGUGAUUCGAUGACAACAAUUGGGCAAUGUUCCAAUGGUUUAAUCCGGUGGUGUUGUGACUGUGUUGGAUGGGCAAUGGUCUGAUGACAGUUGUUGGGCGGCGCUCCAACGAUGGAAGUCAGGCAGUGGUCUGACAAUGAGUCGGACGAUGACAAUUCAACGACAAUAGUUCGGAAACAACGAUCAGGUGGUGUAUGGUCGAGGUUAGGUUGUGCUAUGAUGAUAACAGUAGGAUGGUGAUUCGAUGUUGGUACUUGGGUGGAGCUUCGUAAUUCUUAGAGCCUUUGAGCUCUCCUGAAUGUCAAGCAAAUGUCCUCUCUCCAUUUCAUGUGAAGUGUGAGGGCUUUUUUAUAAAUUUUUAAGAGUGGUAUGCCUUAUAAAUAUAGCAAAAAUCUAGAACACUCUAUUAGACAAUUUAUAUUAUAUCUCUCUUUCAUAAAUUGUUCUUUUAGUAUUU